GAAAACGGGGGUAGAAAGUAGGUUGAUUAAAAUCAAUAAAGUCAAUUAGGCAAACAUGAGCAAAGUAUGUGAACAAGCGCACGCCAACGAAUGAAGCUGAAGCUAAUGGGAAAUGACGCAGUGUUCAACACACACAGAUGGAGUCUUUGACUAUAAGACUUAAUCUGAUCCAUCUGGUCAGAAUGUGUAAUUAACUUUAGUACAGCCUUGAUGUGGGAGUGCAUAAAAAGCCCUACAUGCAGUCUUAACCGACAGAAGACAGAGUUGGGGAAACUGCAAAAAGAUGAAGCGCUUCCUGUUUUGUUUGCUGCUGAUGGUGCCAUUAUCAGUCAUGGGAGUACAAGGCCAAAUAAAAGCUCAAAGACGACAUGUGUUGAUCUUUCUAAAUGAGGCAUUUGGAGCAACUACUGAACGAGCCACACCAGCCAAAGUCACAGCAAAGAGGAGCCCUGAUAAACCACUAAGAGACCAAGAUUCCAAUGAUUUGUCUGAGAUGCAAUCAGUGGAGAGUUUUGUCACCCCUGGAUAUCCAGGACCUGAUCAAAGUGGAAGUGAAAGCAAAGAAACAUCUAAAGACCAUGACAGUUACGAAAUUGUGGAUGCCAAAGCUGGAGCAGACGCGCCAUCAAGGAGGAAAACACGAACAGGCACAGACAAGACGCAGCAGCUGGAUGAGACCAGCAGGCAUGUUCAGGGUAGGAGCCAGGAGCAGAUCAUUGGUCAAGGCAAGCAACAGGGAAGCGGAGGACAGACUGAUCCGGACAGUGAAGAGGGAACGGCGGUGAGGUCUGGCAGAGCCACGCAAAGCACAAGUGUCCAAAUCCAGGGGGACAGGGUGGAUGCAGAAAAAAGCACGGAGACGUCUUGGGAAAGCGCAGAGGUCAGCGAUGGGAAACUGGCUGUGGUGCACAAUAGUAAAGAAACCAGAGAAUACAUCAGCUCUGAAACCUAUCCCUUUGAUCCCAGCAGAUUGUCUGCUCCAGUCAAGUCUAGAUCAAGAGCUACUUCCUCUGACUGAGUCAGGAGCCACCAGGUAUUGACUCAUUCACAGCAGACAAGAUGCUGCAAAAUACAGCUGCCGCUGGGAAUUUUUUUAAACCUCCAAAUAGAAGCAUUGUGUCCAUGUUUUUUGAUAUUCUGAUCAUGUGAAGACAUAGAAUAAAAAUAAAAAUAUUUUGUUUGAGUCUUAUGUUGGCUGUAAAGCAAUAAUAGGCAGCUUGCAAUGAAUGUGGAUGUAAGAAAAAUAUAAUCAAAUAAACAAAAUGAAAGCC